GUCUGUCUCACUUUAACAACUUCAACACCAGAUCAGCAGACUUCAUUUGAGGAAGGAGUGUCUUCAGAUUUACUUGGUGUGUUUUUGUUAAAGAAGCUGAAGGAUGAAGUUUAUUCUGUUCUUGGUUUUCUCCUGCCUCGCCUUACAUAAUGGAAAGGGAGCUCCUACUACUGCUGUGUAUAAGUUUGUGAGAUGUAACCCCGAUGGCGACCAGGCCAACUGUGUGACCCAAAAAGGUCCAGAAAUGGCCUUUACUCCAGACCUACCGGCCAAACUGCCUGCUUCAACUGCACGCUAUCUAGAGGCAGAGCCUGAGGAGGGUGAAAAUCCAUGGGAGGAGGAUGACGUGAAUGCUGAGGCAGAGCCUGAGGGCGGUGAGAGUCCAUGGGAGGAGGAUGACGUGGAGUUAGAGGCAAAUCCUGAGGGUGAGAAUCCAUGGGAGGAGGAUGACGUUGAGUUAGAGACGGAGGAGGAGGGAAAGCCGAUGAAGAGUGAAGAGGGCGAGUCACCUGUGGUGACUGAGGAGGGUUCUGGAAGUUAUGAAGGCUCUGCAGCUACAUACAUGGCGGACUGGACCUUGGGUGAGACAGGCUCCGGCGAGUCCUGGGCAGAGAAGGACGAGAAGCCAUACAAAGGUGUGGUCAUAAGGGACUCAAGCAGGCCUCUGGUUGGUGAGUCAAAACCAGCAGAGCACGAGCUGAGAGAAGACCACCUCCUGCAGCUGUAGUCUGUUCACACCCAUCCACCUUUAAGACACAUACACAAAGCUAGCAUCUGUUUUAUUUCCCCCCUGGUCUAUUCAAAUAGUGAAACAAAUAUUGCAUCACCACCUGGUGGUGUAAAAACAUGGUUGCUCAGAGAUUGACAAAGGCCAAAUGUAUAUUUUAUAUUCUCAGUGCUAUUGGUGGGAAUCACUCUCUUCAGAGGCAAAAGAACAACUGUAAACAAUGAAAAAGAUAGCUGCCAAAGCAAAAGAAUGGUCUGCAAAAAUGAGAUAUACAGUAUAUAUAUAUACUCUAAUUUAGUUUAAGUUGGCAGCGACCUGUAUUUACACUUUCUCGUGGAAAAGAUGUGUAAGUUGAAAUGUGCUUUCAAAUAAUUGUAACACCAGUGCAAUAAGAUGUCGUCCGUGCAUUGCUCACUCUGUGCAGCUGUGGUUCCAAAUAUUUUUUUUUUUUUUGGAGCGAUGAGCCAUGUGUUCCUUUAAGACACACAAAACAAAGACUUAUUUAAAUUAUUUGAUCCCUUUGUCUCAAAUGUUGUGAAACUUUACACUUAUCCAGGAGGGUUGUGCAACAUCUUUUAGGAACUUCUGUUCUGCAAAGUUGAACAAGAGAAUUGUGCAAACCCAAAGCCCCUCAGGAACGGAUUCACGCAAUCUUAACCACUGUGAGCUGAAACAUAUUCAAUAUAUGUAAUGUGCACAUGCGUGCAUUUCAACAUGCUCUGCGUUGUCUAAUUUGCAUUUGAAAAACAAUAAAGGAUUUAUAACAACAGUA